CCGCCGCCGCCGCCGCCGCCUUGGGGGUCGGCCCUGGGGGGUCUCUGAUGGACGGGAAGACCAAGAAAGUGGAGGAGGUGGCUCAGAGGCUGGCCCGGGCGGUGGCCGGCGGGGACGAGGAGGCGGCGGUCAGCUGCGCCGCCUGGCUGGCCGGCCAACGCGCCUCCUUGGCCGUGAAGCUGAAGACGGACGCCGACCAGAAGCCCGAGAUCAGGCUGUGGGUGACCGUGGAAGACCCCCAGAUGCAAAACCUCUCCAUCUGGCUGACCCUGCGCCCGGAUAUGACGCUGGCCUCCGUCAAGGACAUGGUGUUCUUGGAGUACGGCUUCCCGCCGGGCCUGCAGCAGUGGGUGAUCGGGCGGCGGCUGCCCCGGGACGAGGACACGCUCCUGGCCCACGGGCUGAAGCGGGACGGACAGGCCGCCUUCCUCUACCUGCUCUCCGCCCGCCGGGCCAACCUCUGCCAGAGGGACCUCCAGCGCCAGCGCCAGCUCCGCGCCCUGCAGGAUCUGGGGUUCGGUGACAUCACCCUCCAGUCCCGGGGGCAGGGGGAGACGGCGGGCACGGGCGGCCCCCCGCCCGGCCCCGCCGUCGGAAGCCCGCAGGUGGACGCGGACCCCGGAAACCCCGUGGUGGGUUGGGAGUGCCCCGGCUGCACCUUCGUCAACAAGCCGACGCGCCCGGGCUGCGAGAUCUGCUGCGGGGCCCGGCCCGAGGACUACCGGGUGCCCGCCGCCCACCGGCCCGACGGCGACGAGCGCGCCCGCAUCCGCACCGAGGAGGACGCCCUCCGCCGCUACCACCAGAGGAAGCAGCGGCGGCAGGAGGGGAACUACCAGGAGCUGGUGGAGGUGGACGCCCAGAACCUGGUGCCCACCGACGGGCCCGUGGACUGCCCCAUCUGCUUCACCACCCUGGAGCCCGGCCAGGGGGUGGUGCUCCGCGAGUGCCUCCACUCCUUCUGCAGGGACUGCCUGCUGGGCACCAUCCGCAACAGCCAGGAAGCGGAGGUGUCCUGCCCCUACAUCGACGCCGUCUACUCCUGCCCGGGGAAACUCCAGGAGCGGGAGAUCCGGGCGCUGGCGAGCCCCGAGGACUACGAGCGGUUCCUGGAGCUGGGGGUCAGCCUGGCCGAGCGCCGCAGCCCCUCCAGCUUCCACUGCCGGACGUCCGACUGCCGCGGGUGGUGCUUCCGCGACGGCCCCGGGGACGCCUUCCUCUGCCCCGUCUGCCGACGCCUCAACUGCCUCCUCUGCAAGGCCAUCCACGAGAACAUGACGUGCAAGGACUACCAGGAAGAGCUGGCCCUGCGGGCGCAGAACGACGUGGCCGCCACGCAGACCAGCCAGAUGCUCAAGCUGCUGCUGGAGCAGGGGGAGGCGAUGCGCUGCCCGCAGUGCCAGGUGGUGGUCCAGAAGAAGGACGGCUGCGACUGGGUGCGCUGCCCGCUGUGCCACACCGAGAUCUGCUGGGUCACCAAGGGCCCGCGCUGGGGGCCGGGGGGCCCCGGCGACACCAGCGGCGGGUGCGGCUGCAGGGUCAACGGGGUUCCCUGCCACCCCAGCUGCCAGAACUGCCACUGAGGCCGGACCCCCCCCCGCCCCCCGCCGACCCCUCCCACGCCGACGACGCCGGCUUCCGCUCCGCGCCGGCCGCCGAACCGAGCGCCUCGGGGAGAUCCGAGCCCGCCGGGCCGGACGCGGUCACCGUCCCCCCCGCCCCCGCCGGGUCCGGGAUCAGGCCGGGACAGCCGAGCUUCCGUGAGUCCCCGCGGCGACUUUAUUGCGUGCGCGCUCCGUACGGCUCGCUACGUCCGCGUUCUUCCCCGCCGUCUUCUCCCCCCACCCCCCAGAAGGCCGCCCUGUGGUCCGCUAGCAGGGGGUCGGGGGCGGGAGGACGGCGGGAACGGGUCUCGGGGCGGAGCCCGCCCCCUCGGGUUCUGAUCCCGGUUCUGCCGCUUGUCAGCGGGACGACUUUGGGCGAGUCACUUCACUGGGACUCGGUUCCCUCAACUGGCAGAAGGGGGUGAAGACCGCGAGCCCCGCGUGGGACAACCUGAAGAGCUUGUAUCCGCCCCAGCGCUUAGAACAGUGCUUUGGCACAUACCGAGGGCUUAACAAAUACCGUCUUAUUAAUAAAGUGCCAGAGUGAGACACCCUA